AAAAAAAAAAAAAAACCAAGAAAUGAUUUUGGGUUCUUGGUUCACGUUCGAUUUCUGGUAACUGCAGGCCCAAUACUGUUCCUCAACCGUCACGGCUCUCCUCUGCGUCGGUGAUUGGUAGGUGAUUGGCAAGGAAGAAAAUGGUGGCAUCUUAAUUUUCCCUGCCAUAACCAAAGCCCUAGACUCAUCUUUCUGAGCUCCUAAAACAAGCUAACACACACUCCCGAAAAGGAAAUGGGUGAAACUAAGAGAAGGCGUGGCCGAAAACCCAAAACCGCAACUGAUGAAGAAACCGUGCCCCAAGACUGCACCACUAUCAACGCCACCGCGGCCUCCAAAAACGACGUCGUUUCAGUCCCUACCACCUCCGAAGCUGCUAAUACCAGCGAUCCGGAUUCCGCAGGGCACUGUCGCAACCGACCCAAGAAGAUGAAGCUUAAGGCGGCAUCACCGGAGCGCCGGAGCUCUCGGCUCGCCAAGUUGAACGGCGAUUGCGCUCCGACGAGCUUGGCGAUGGAGGCCAAGUGGAAGAGCGUGGUGAAGGUUGUGCCGUCCAUGGACGCCGUUGUGAAGGUUUUCUGCGUGCACACAGAGCCGAAUUUCUCGCUGCCAUGGCAGAGGAAGAGACAGUACAGCUCCAGCAGCAGUGGGUUUGUCAUCGCGGGACGGAGGGUGCUUACAAAUGCGCAUUCCGUGGAGCAUCACACCCAGGUCAAGCUCAAGAAACGUGGUUCUGAUACGAAAUACUUGGCAACAGUGCUGGCUAUUGGGACCGAGUGCGACAUUGCGUUGUUGACGGUGAGUGAUGAUGAAUUCUGGGAGGGAGUUUCACCUGUAGAGUUUGGCGAUUUGCCUGCACUGCAAGAUGCUGUAACUGUGGUUGGCUAUCCAAUUGGAGGUGACACAAUCUCUGUGACAAGUGGUGUUGUUUCACGUAUGGAGAUACUCUCUUAUGUUCAUGGUUCAACUGAACUCCUGGGACUGCAGAUAGAUGCUGCAAUAAAUUCUGGGAAUUCUGGUGGACCUGCUUUUAAUGAUAAGGGAAAAUGUGUUGGGAUUGCAUUCCAGUCUCUGAAAAAUGAAGAUGUGGAGAAUAUAGGAUAUGUAAUACCCACCCCUGUUAUUCUGCAUUUUAUCCAAGAUUAUGAAAAUAAUGGAGCAUAUACAGGAUUUCCAAUUCUUGGAGUUGAGUGGCAGAAGAUGGAAAAUCCUGAUCUGAGAAUGUCAAUGGGGAUGGGACCAGAUCAGAAAGGUGUGCGUAUCAGAAGAAUUGAACCCACUGCUCCAGAAUCUUACAUUCUGAAGCCAGCUGAUGUCAUUCUUAGCUUUGACGGGGUCAACAUUGCCAAUGAUGGAACAGUUCCAUUCAGGCAUGGGGAGCGCAUUGGUUUCAGUUACCUUGUCUCUCAGAAAUACACUGGGGAUAUAGCUGUUGUAAAGGUUCUCCGUAAUUCCAAGAUACUUGAAUUUAAGAUAAAACUUUCGACUCAUAAGCGGCUUAUUCCAGCACACAUCAAAGGCAGGCCUCCUUCUUACUACAUUAUUGCUGGAUUUGUUUUUACUGCUGUUUCUGUCCCCUAUCUUCGUUCUGAGUAUGGUAAGGAAUAUGAAUUUGAUGCUCCAGUCAAGCUUCUGGACAAACAUCUACAUGCUAUGGCACAGUCUUGUGAUGAGCAGCUUGUUGUUGUUUCUCAGGUUCUGGUGUCUGACAUUAAUAUUGGAUAUGAGGACAUAGUUAACAUUCAGGUUCUUGCUUUCAAUGGUAAGCCUGUGAAGAAUCUGAAGAACUUGGCCAGCAUGGUUGAGAGAUGUGAUGAUGAAUAUCUAAAGUUUGAUCUGGAAUACCAACAGAUAGUUGUGUUAAAGACCAGCACUGCUAAGGCAGCAGCCUUAGAUAUCCUCACAACACAUUGUAUACCUUCUGCAAUGUCUGAUGACCUAAUGACAUAGAAAGUUUUAGUGAAAGGUAUUAUAUCAAUCAUUUUCGAUUUUUCCCCCCCUUUUAAUACAAAAAUUCAAAUCUUGUUGAAGAAUGGAUGGAGAGAG